AUGGAGCGGUGCUCGCUGCUCGCUAGACCAACCAACGCGCGAACGUUGGGAACAUCCUAUAAAUAUGACCGUCGAACAGGCGACGCGCUGCGGUUAAGAUCGCUUCGGACCUCUUCUGCUCCGCUCGCCAACGUUCGGAUUCAGGGCGAUCUAUGCGCCUUCCAAUCCCUGCGCGAGACAGGAGCAAUGUCGCAGGGACUACAACGAUGGCUAGAGGCCUACUUCCGUGUUACGGAAGUACAACUAGGCAACAGAAAUAUGGGAGAGGUCGCUGCAAGCGACCUGCAAAUAUUAAAGGCGGUGGAGAUUACAAUCCAAGAAUCUCAGCCGAACCCCAAUCCCUAA